GUGCGUAACAACACCAUCGACGUACAACGCUUUUAUCUAUAUAACAUCGUAUAUUAUAUACUCGUCGCGUACAAAGCUUCACUGGCCGCCUUGUUCGUGUGCCGGCCAGAAGCAGUCCGUCCGCCGACGACGCUAGAAAGAAAAAGUGAUAGGAUAGUUAUUAUAUAUUAGUUCGAAGGCGAAGAAGUUAAAAAAAAAAAAAAAAAGUCAGCGACGACGGCACCUUCGAGUGUGCGCGACAUCAUCAUCAUCGACACUCUCUCCUCUCUCUUCUAUACCGAAGAAAAAAGAAAAAAACGGCGCGCACAACGAACAGCGAUCCGAAGUGAUUCGGAUUCAUCAUCAUCUCUUCAUCAUCAAGUUUUGGAUUAUUUUUUUUUUUUUUUUUUGAAUAGUGACGACGACGACUUAUAUAUUAAAGCGAUUUAAUAUAUAAAACGACAAUUUGCUUAUAAACGAAAGGCAUAUUUUAUAAAGUUGGUGCGUCUUUGCUCGUGAAGGCUCAUCACCCCGACACACAGAAAAAAAAACUACUGCAUCCGCGCGGAUUACAUCGGUCGCGGAGUGUUAAAAUUAUUAAAAAUUUAUUUCGAUUCGUCUUUGAGUGAAUAAGCCAGAAAAAUGCCGGCUCCCCAGAAGCAGGACGAGGAUGCGGAUCCAACUCCGUACUUGUACGUCUCCUUGGAGCAGAAGAGAAUCGAUCAGACCAAGCCCUACGAUGCCAAGAAGGCUUGCUGGAUCCCCGACGAGAAGGAGGGCUAUCUCCUUGGUGAAAUCAAGGCGACCAAGGGAGACAUCGUCUCCGUCGGCCUGCCCGGUGGCGAGAGAAGGGAGGUACGCAAGGACAAGCUCCUGCAGGUCAAUCCGCCGAAAUUCGAAAAGUCCGAAGAUCUCGCCGAUCUGACCUUCCUCAAUGAGGCCUGCGUCUUGCACAAUCUCAAGCAGCGCUACUACGCCAAACUCAUUUACACUUAUUCCGGUCUUUUCUGCGUGGCCAUCAAUCCUUACAAGAGAUACCCCGUCUACACCCAGCGUUGCGCCAAGCUCUACCGUGGUAAGAGGCGUACCGAGGUGCCACCCCACAUUUUCGCCAUCUCUGACGGCGCCUACGUCAACAUGUUGACCAACAGCGAAAAUCAGUCUAUGUUGAUUACCGGAGAGUCUGGUGCCGGAAAGACUGAGAACACGAAGAAGGUAAUUGCGUACUUCGCCACCGUCGGUGCCUCCACCAAGAAGGACACCUCCGGCUCCGAGAAGAAGGGAUCCCUGGAAGAUCAGGUCGUACAGACCAAUCCCGUACUCGAGGCCUUCGGUAACGCCAAGACCGUGCGUAACGAUAACUCCUCCCGUUUCGGUAAAUUCAUCCGUAUUCACUUCGGCCCAUCUGGAAAACUGGCCGGUGCUGAUAUCGAGACCUACCUGCUGGAGAAGGCCCGUGUCAUCUCUCAACAAUCGCUCGAGAGAUCUUACCAUAUCUUCUACCAGAUGAUGUCUGGAGCCGUCAAGGGUCUUAAGGAGAUGUGCUUGCUCUCGAACAAUAUUUCCGAUUACUACUUCGUCUCGCAAGGAAAGACGUCCAUUCCCGGAGUCGACGACGGCGAGGAAUGCGAACUGACUGAUAAAGCCUUCGACGUCUUGGGUUUCACCCAGGAGGAGAAGGACGACAUCUACAAGAUCACCGCCGCUGUCAUGCACAUGGGUGGCAUGAAGUUCAAGCAACGUGGUCGCGAAGAGCAGGCUGAGGCCGACGGUACAGAGGAGGGUGAGCGCGUAGCCAAGCUUCUCGGUAUCGACUGCCAAGACAUGUACAAGAACUUGCUGAAACCAAGAAUCAAGGUCGGUAACGAGUUCGUCACCCAGGGUCGUAACAAGGACCAGGUGUCCUACUCCGUCGGUGCCAUGUCCAAGGCCAUGUUCGACAGGAUAUUCAAGUGGCUGGUCAAGAAGUGUAACGAGACCCUAGACACCAAGCAGAAGCGUCAGCACUUCAUCGGUGUACUGGAUAUCGCCGGUUUUGAGAUCUUCGACUAUAACGGGUUCGAACAGCUUUGUAUCAAUUUCACCAACGAGAAAUUGCAACAAUUCUUCAAUCAUCACAUGUUCGUGCUCGAGCAAGAGGAGUAUCAGCGCGAGGGCAUCCAUUGGGAGUUCAUUGAUUUCGGCAUGGAUCUGUUGGCUUGUAUCGAGCUCAUCGAGAAGCCCAUGGGUAUCUUGUCGAUUCUUGAGGAAGAGUCUAUGUUCCCGAAAGCCACGGACAAGACCUUUGAGGACAAACUUAACAGCAACCACUUGGGCAAGAGUCCCAACUUCUUGAAGCCCAAGCCACCCAAGCCAGGUCAAGUGGCUGCCCACUUCGCCAUUGGCCAUUAUGCCGGUAACGUACCUUACAACAUCACCGGCUGGCUGGAAAAGAACAAGGACCCGUUGAACGACACCGUGGUCGACCAGUUCAAGAAGUCCAGCAACAAGCUGCUCGUCGAGAUCUUCGCCGACCAUCCCGGCCAGUCCGGCGGCGGCGGCAAGGACGCCGGUGGCGGCCGUGGUAAGAAGGGCGGUGGCUUCUCCACCGUAUCCUCGUCCUACAAGGAGCAGCUGAACAAUCUGAUGACCACUCUGAGGGCCACCCAGCCUCACUUCGUCCGUUGCAUCAUUCCCAACGAGAUGAAACAGGCCGGCGUGAUCGACUCGCAUCUGGUCAUGCAUCAGCUCACCUGUAACGGUGUGCUCGAGGGCAUCCGUAUUUGCCGCAAAGGAUUCCCCAACAGGAUGAACUAUCCCGAUUUCAAGCUACGGUACAAAAUCAUUGCACCAGCCGCAUGCGAGAAGGCCGGCGGCGAUCCAAAGAAAUGCGCCGAGGCAAUUCUGGACGGCUCCGGAUUAGAUCCCGAUCAGUUCCGUCUUGGACACACCAAGGUAUUCUUCCGCGCCGGAGUGCUCGGUCAGAUGGAGGAGUUCCGUGACGAGCGUCUGUCCAAGAUCAUGUCCUGGAUGCAGGCCUACGCCCGCGGUUAUCUGGCCAGGAAGGACUUCAAGGCGCUGCAGGAGCAGCGUCUUGCCCUCCAGGUCGUCCAGAGGAAUCUGCGCAGAUACCUCAAGCUGCGCACCUGGCCCUGGUGGAAAUUGUGGCAGAAGGUCAGGCCACUCCUCAACGCCACUCGCAUUGAAGACGAGCUUAUUGCUAUGGAGGAGAAGGCGAGAAAGUACCAGGAGGCCUUCGAGCGCGAGGAGAAGAUGCGCAUCGAAUUGGAGGAGCUCAACACCAAACUCCUGGAAGAGAAGACCCAUCUGCUCAAGGGUCUCGACAGCGAGAAGGGAGCCCUCGCCGAGUACCAAGAGAAGGCGCUCAAGCUCGGUGCUCAGAAGGCCGAUCUCGAAUCUCAACUCGCUGACAUCACCGACCGCUUCCAACAAGAAGAGGAGGCUCGCAACAGUCUCUUCCAGACCAAGAAGAAGCUCGAACAAGAGAUCUCUGGCCUGAAAAAAGACUUGGAAGAUCUGGAGCUCACCAUCCAGAAGUCCGAGCAGGACAAAGCCACCAAGGACCACCAGAUUCGCAAUCUCAACGACGAGAUCGCCCACCAGGACGAGCUCAUCAACAAGCUGAACAAGGAGAAGAAGAACCAGGGCGAGAUCAAUCAGAAGACAGCCGAGGAGCUGCAGGCGGCCGAGGACAAGGUCAACCACUUGAACAAGGUCAAGUUGAAGCUCGAGCAGACCCUCGACGAGCUCGAAGACACACUCGAGCGCGAAAAGAAAGCACGCGCUGACGUCGAGAAAGCCAAGAGGAAGGUCGAGGGCGACUUGAAGCUCACCCAGGAGGCCGUGGCCGACUUGGAGCGCAACAAGAAGGAGCUCGAACAGACCAUCCAGCGCAAGGACAAGGAGCUGUCCUCGCUGACGGCCAAGCUCGAGGACGAGCAGGCGCUCGUCGGCAAGCAACAGAAGCAGGUCAAGGAGCUCCAGGCCCGCAUCGAGGAGCUCGAGGAGGAGGUCGAGGCCGAGCGUCAAGCCCGCGCCAAGGCUGAGAAACAACGCUCAGAUCUCGCACGCGAGCUCGAGGAGUUGGGCGAGCGUCUUGAAGAGGCCGGUGGUGCUACUUCGGCACAGAUCGAGCUCAACAAGAAGCGCGAGGCCGAGCUGAGCAAGCUCAGGAGGGACCUCGAGGAGGCCAACAUCCAGCACGAGUCGGCACUGGCCAUUCUCCGCAAGAAGCACAACGACGCCGUCGCCGAGAUGGGCGAGCAAAUCGACCAGCUCAACAAGAUCAAGGCUAGGAUUGAGAAGGAGAAGGUGCAGUACUUCAGCGAGCUGAACGAUAUGCGCGCCUCGGUCGACCACCUCAGCAACGAGAAGGCGGCCCAGGAGAAGAUCGCCAAGCAGCUGCAGCACCAGCUGAACGAGGCCCAGGGCAAGAUCGAGGAGCUGACGCGCACCGUCAACGACUUCGACGCCGCCAAGAAGAAGCUCUCCAUCGAGAACAGCGACUUACUCCGCCAACUCGAGGAAGCCGAAUCUCAGGUCAAUCAGCUGUCGAAGAUCAAGAUCUCGCUCACGACUCAGCUCGAGGACACCAAGAGGCUGGCCGACGAGGAGGGACGCGAGCGCGCCACCCUGCUCGGCAAGUUCCGCAAUCUCGAGCACGACCUCGACAACAUCCGCGAGCAAGUGGAGGAGGAGGCCGAGGGCAAGGCCGAUCUCCAGAGGCAGUUGAGCAAGGCCAAUGCCGAGGCACAGCUGUGGCGCACCAAGUACGAGAGCGAGGGUGUCGCCAAGGCCGAGGAGCUGGAGGAGGCCAAGCGCAAGCUGCAGUGCCGCCUCGCCGAGGCCGAGGAGACCAUCGAGUCGCUCAACCAGAAGGUCAUCGCCCUGGAGAAGACCAAGCAGCGCCUGGCCACCGAGGUCGAGGAUCUGCAACUGGAGGUCGACCGUUGCACGGCCAUCGCCAACGCCGCCGAGAAGAAACAGAAGGCCUUCGACAAGAUCAUCGGCGAGUGGAAGCUCAAGGUCGACGAUCUGGCCGCAGAGUUGGACGCCUCGCAGAAGGAGUGCCGCAACUACAGCACCGAGCUGUUCAGACUGAAGGGCGCCUACGAGGAGAGCCAGGAACAGCUGGAGGCGGUGCGCCGCGAGAACAAGAAUCUGGCCGACGAGGUCAAGGACCUGCUCGACCAGAUCGGCGAGGGUGGACGCAACAUCCACGAGAUCGAGAAGGCCAGGAAGCGCUUGGAGGCCGAGAAGGACGAGCUCCAGGCCGCCCUCGAGGAAGCUGAGGCUGCCCUCGAACAAGAGGAGAACAAGGUGCUGAGAAGCCAGCUGGAGCUGAGCCAGGUGCGCCAGGAGAUCGACAGGCGCAUCGCCGAGAAGGAGGAGGAGUUCGAGAACACCAGGAAGAACCACCAGCGCGCCCUGGACUCGAUGCAGGCGUCGCUCGAGGCCGAGGCCAAGGGCAAGGCCGAGGCACUGCGCAUGAAGAAGAAGCUCGAGGCCGACAUCAACGAGCUCGAGAUCGCCCUCGACCACGCCAACAAGGCCAACGCCGAGGCCCAGAAGAACAUCAAGCGCUACCAGCAGCAGCUCAAGGACGUGCAGUCCGCCCUCGAGGAGGAGCAGAGAGCCCGCGACGAGGCGCGCGAGCUCUUGGGCAUCAGCGAGCGUCGCGCCAACGCGCUGCAGAACGAGCUCGAGGAGAGCCGCCAGCUGCUGGAGCAGGCCGACCGUGGCCGCCGACAGGCCGAGCAGGAGCUCGCCGACGCGCACGAGCAGCUGAACGAGCUCGCCGCCCAGAACGCCAGCAUCUCGGCGGCCAAGCGCAAGCUCGAGGCCGAGCUGCAGACUCUGCACUCGGACCUUGACGAGCUGCUGAACGAGGCCAAGAACAGCGAGGAGAAGGCCAAGAAGGCCAUGGUCGACGCCGCCCGAUUGGCCGACGAGCUCAGAGCCGAGCAGGAUCACGCCCAGAACCAGGAGAAGCUGCGCAAGGCCCUCGAGACGCAGAUCAAGGAGCUCCAGGUGCGCCUCGACGAGGCCGAGGCCAACGCCCUCAAGGGCGGCAAGAAGGCCAUCCAGAAGCUGGAGCAGCGCGUGCGCGAGCUCGAGAACGAGCUCGACGGCGAGCAGAGACGUCACGCCGACGCCCAGAAGAAUCUGCGCAAGAGCGAGCGACGCAUCAAGGAGCUGGCGUUCCAGGCCGACGAGGAUCGCAAGAAUCACGAGCGCAUGCAGGACCUCGUGGACAAACUCCAACAGAAGAUCAAGACGUACAAGCGACAGAUCGAGGAGGCCGAGGAGAUCGCCGCCCUGAAUCUCGCGAAAUUCCGCAAGGCCCAGCAGGAGCUGGAGGAGGCCGAGGAGCGAGCGGACCUCGCCGAGCAGGCGAUCGCCAAGUUCCGGACCAAGGGACGCGGUGGAAGCGCGGCUCGUGGACUCAGCCCAGCGGGCUUUGAUUUUGACGAGUUCGAGGAAAUCGACGAUGACGAGGAACAGCCACACCGAGCGAUGAACAAACCCCAGUUCGAUGGUUCCGCAUUCCCACCAAGGUUCGACCUCAUGCCUGACUCAGAUCUGUAACCGAGCCAUCGAUAACGCCAAGUAAAAAAGGAAAGAGAAGAGAGUGAAAAAAAAACAAACUCGCCCCAACAUCUCGAGUGUUAUUUAUUAAAUAAUAUUUUAAGAAUGAGAGUAUAUAUAAUAAUUUAAGCGUCAAUGCGUAUAAUAUAACGUCGUCGCAGUCUCAUCAUCUCACACAUCCAUAAAGAAGCAAAUAUUUACAAAAAAAAAAAAAAUAAUAAUGAUAAGGAUUAUUACAUUUGCAUACCGAUCGAAAAGGAUAUAUAAAAAAAAAAAAGAAAAAAA